UAUCCUGCUGAAGAAAAGCUGUGCGAGGAUGAGAAAGCUUAUCUUGUGCGUCUCUGUUAUACUGGUGCUGCUAGUGGCGCUGAGUGACACCAGUCUCAUUUGCUGCACACAGUACCAAAAAAAUCCAAUUCCUGUGAAAUUUCUGAAAUACUACAAAAUCCAGAAGCUCACAGAUCACUGCAACAUCAAGGCAAUAAUUUUCAAGACAUUGAAAAACAGACUUCUCUGUGCUGAUCCUGACAAGAAAUGGGUACAACAUGCCAUGGAGUCUGUACCAAAAUACCCUUGAACAGCAUAUUAACUCUUGGACAUCACCUGAGGAAAUCAUGCUAAAAGACACAAAGACAUACAAAC